CCCGGACACGAUCUGUAAAUCACGAUCACGACUUCUACAAUAUGGCCGCCUCCAACUCUCUAGAAGCAAAGUACGUGGCCUACAUCAAUGCCAUCAACGCGCGGCCUUUUCCAGGUUUGAAAGAACACAUGCAUUCAACAGUAACAUUGAACGACAAGUCCAUGCCUCUGGCCGAAUUUGAGAAGUUGCUCAGCACAGACAUCGACGCAGCUCCGGAUAUGCGCUUUCAGCUAGCUAUGCUACUUGUCGACGAGAGCAAGCAGCAAGUCGGGUGCAGGAUUGAAUUUCGGUGCACUCCCCUGCAGAAGGAAUUCAUGGGACAUCGGGUGCACGGCAAGAUCAAAUGCAUGGAACACAUGUUUUACCAAUAUCGAGAUGGCAAGAUUGCGGAGGUGUGGUGGAUGCCAGGCGAAUUCGUCGGCAUUAGUCCCAAUGCAAGUGCGACAAAGCUCUGAUGGGGUCGAUCCUUCACUUGGGCAAGGUGUGUGGGGAGGACAGGGAUGGAUGCACGGAUGGACAUUUGCCUAUUUGGGCAGGUAUAUGAGCUAGGGUAUGCAGUAUGCAAGUCGACUUCUGCAUAGUUUGCGACCACAUUGAAGGAU